CGUAGCAACUGUCAGCAUCUGAGCAGAAACUUGUUCAACAAGCACCUGUCAGCAAUAAGACUGUCUUUGAACCAGCAACAGCAAAAGGAAAUGGCUUCCCAAAUUGCAAAGGUCACCAAGGAUCUGACCACCGCUGCAGACAUGCGGAAAACUACCCAGAUGCUGAUGCAGCCAAACGCAAACUGGGAGGAGUAUCUGACUCCUGCUCCCCUCUCCAUCGCCAUCAUGGGGGAGUUAGUCUUCAUCUCUUCAGGGACAGACUUCUCCAUUAACAAGAACCCCCCAAAAGAUGGAUUCAAGCACAUAAAGUACCCAGAAUCAUUCAGGGCUUGUCUUAUGCAAGUCUGCAACUUAGGCUGGCAGGCUUUCAACAUGGCCCAUAAGAAUAUGGAUCAAAUCCGUAUUUAUACAGCCUCUGUUCCGGAACACAUGAAAGAAGCAGUAAAAAUCCUCUUUCAGGGAAAUGAUGAAAUUAUUGAAAAACUUCUUCCAAACGAGUUGAAAAGCAUCCGUACCAUAGCAGAUGAAUGUGUGGAGCUAGCAGAUGGUGUAGAAAAGAAAUAUAAUGAUGUCAUCUGUUUAAUCCAGGAGCUGCUGGAAGCCUGCAUUAAUGCUAAACACAUCUAUGGAGAAGACCUAGAAAAGGUUAAGAAUAAAAUUGAGGAAAAUAAAUUGAGAGAACGGAGUGCAAAAGAGCUAAACGAAAAAUAUACUAAAGCAAUGGAGGCCAUGGAAAAGCAGGUUGAAGAAGCACAAGAAGAGUUCAAAUCAUCAAUGAACUCCAUCCCAACAGGAAUGGAAUUGGUUGGCAUGGACUUUGCUCAUGCACUGUCACAGGCAGUGGCUGCAAUUGGGAAUGCAGUUGUUAAUAUAGCCACGAAACUAAUCCAACCUGUAAAAUUUUCACAGGCUGGAUCUUCAGAACAGGUUUUCCAAACAAACAAGACUGAAGAAGAGGACCCAGUCUCAGAAGUAGAAAUCUACAGCAUGUCUUCACAGAUUUUUAGUCAAGCAGAGAUAUUCCUAAAAUACAUAGAUAAAGAUGAGAUAAACUGGAAAGAGCUGUAUGACCAGAAGAACAAGAAACCAAAAACUGAAUUUGUCAAAAAGCAAUUUGAAAGGAUCUCUGGGAAGAUAGAGAAUUUCGGAAACAGCAAAGCCAAAGACAAAGCUCUGUCUCUGUGCGAUACAGGCAUUGCCAUCUGUGAACAGAUUGAAACAUAUUCUCCGGAACAAACAUGGGAUAAGAAAACAACACAAACUCUGAUUAAAGAAGUAAAGAAGCUACAUCAAGAUGCUCAGAUGUUUGACUCUAAGGGUAAAAAAAUAUGUAAUUCUCCAGCUAUUGCUCCCACACCUCCAAUGAUGGCCAAAGCACAGGCAAAUGCUGGACAACAGUCUGCCGGGCAGCAAGCAUCAGAGAACGCACGUUUCCGCAUCGAGCAGAGCCGAGAACAGCUGAAGCAAUGCAGAGAAGAAUAUAACAAGGCUGUGGAGAGAAUGGAGAGAAACCAGAAAGAGCUGACUGACAUCCUGGUGGACAUGCAAAACUGCAAGAUUCAAGAGAUUAACUUUGACACCACAAUCAAAAUGCUGGUCAAAGGUAUGGAUGCCAUGGGCCGAGUGAAAGAGCAGUGGGAGAAGAUGGUGCGCUUCUUCCAGAUGGUGGCCAAUAUUGUAAAAACCAGUCUUGCAAAAACCAUGAUCCAUUUUGCAGAUAAAGUUGAAGAUGUACGAACACUGUCCUACAACUCUAAGCUCUUCACCAAAGACCUGCUGUACAACCAGGCCUUUCAAGCUUCCAACAUCGCCAGCCUGGUCCACAUGAUUUCAGGGACCUACUGUGAAGUGUCCAACAAAUACCUGAUGGACAGAGUGAGCAGCCUGGGUAAGCUCAUGACUAUGGAUAAGGACAAGCCAGAGUUCAUCCAAGAGCGCACAAAGCUGCAGAACUCCUGCAAAGAAGCUCAAGACAACAUCCUAAAAUUGGUCCUAAGCAACAAGAAAGAGUUUGAGGAAAAUACAGAAACCAGAAUGAAACAAAUUGAAGGUGGGCUGAAGGCCAUUCUGCCUGCUGCUGACCCGGAGGAAACUAAAAGGAUCCAAGAAAUUGUUCAGGCCAGCAUGACAGACAAAGACCUGGAUGAUUACGCUUAAAUGCAGUUUGUUGUAUAGUUUAUAAAAACUAAAGAGAAUAUAUGAAGAAAUAGGCGGUGGUGAUAAAACUGUAAUCAUGUAUGGUUGCUUCUGUUUCUAAAUAGACAGCUUUCAUGUAAUCAAACAGCAACUUACUUCUACAUCAUCUCUGGUGCGGAGGUGACAGGGUUAAAAAUAAUGAUCUUUGGAAUUUGUUUUUAUUUUUUUUUAUCUUUAAAUUUCUGUGAACAUGUUGGCAAUCAGUGAUACGGUUUUGUGAGAGUCAAUGUUUAGACCAAACUUCCCAUUUAAUUCUACAAAGUUAAGCAGACAGACAGUUAUAGUUUUCAAGGAAGAAUAUGUCAACUUAGGUAUUUGUGUGGCUAAAAAUGGAGAAAAAAGCUUUUUAGCUGAAAAAAAAUGUUGUGAAACAUAGAAGUGCAUUUAUUUUCUGUGGUUGUGGUUGUACCCAAUAUUCAUAUCUUCAUUAU